CUUUUCUGAAAAUAACGGGACUUACAGCUCGUCUUGUCAAGAAACUGUAGGGAAAGCAGCAUUUGUGGUGCAUAAUCCACAUAUAAUUCAAAGUGAAUUUGUUUUCUUUCAGUAGUGGAGAUUGUCCAACCAUCAUUGUCUCAUGAGUUUCUACAGCAUCCACUAUGCUUUCUGUAACAACAACAGUAUAUUUAGUUGGAAAAAGCACUACUCUCAUUUUCUUCGUGGCAUAAGUUGUCCGAAAGACUGUUAUCUCGUUCAAAGUCCGAAAAAGCACUGUGCUUUGACUCUACUUGCUCAAAGUGACGAUGGAGCAGUGGGAGGUGAUGCCAGUAGAGGUUAUACAAGACGUCUCAGUGACGCUUUGAGAGAAAGAGAUAUAGAAGCAAAGAAAGAAAGGGAAGAGAAUGAAAGAAGAAAAGAAGAACAAGAGAGAGCCCGCAUGGAGAAGGAAAGGAAAAAGCAUUUGUUGAAAGAAAUACCAGACGAAACACAAGCAGGAACAGUGGACGAGUAUAUGUACAAGGAAGGAGUAUCUGAAGUUUUGGAUAGUCUUGACGUGGAUCUCAUCGGUUUACUCCCUGUGAAAAGAAGAGUUCGUGAAAUUGCUGCAUUGUUAGUGAUAGACAAACUUCGAGCAAAAAUUGGUUUGGAUACUGCCGUUCCUUCUCUUCACAUGUGUUUCACAGGAUCACCUGGAACUGGUAAAACAACAGUAGCUAUGAGAAUGGGACAGAUUUUGAAGAAGAUGGGAUAUUGUCGUCAAGGACACUUAGUAGUUGCAACUCGUGAUGACUUGGUUGGACAAUAUGUAGGACACACUGCACCAAAGACAAAGGAAGUUAUCAAAAAGGCAAUGGGUGGAGUGCUUCUAAUCGAUGAAGCUUAUUAUUUGUAUAAUGCUGCUAAUGAAAAGGAUUAUGGAGUCGAAUCCAUCGAAAUAUUAUUAAAUAUCAUGGAAAAUAACAAAGAUGAUUUAGUAGUCGUACUUGCAGGUUACGAGGAUAAGAUGAACAAGUUUUUCUCUUAUAUUCCUGGAAUGAAGUCUAGAAUUGGUAACCACAUUACUUUUCCUGACUAUGAAGUUGACGAAUUGGUAGAGAUUGCAAAGCUCAUGUGUAAGGGUCUCUUUUAUGAUAUUGAGCCGGAUGCAGAAGUUGUUCUUAAGGAAUAUCUUCGUAAACGAAUGGCGAUGCCGUAUUUCUCGAAUGCUCGAACAGUUAGAAAUGCCGUGGAUCGUGCUCGUAUGAGAGCUGCAGUUCGAAUAUUUAACGAGAAAAUAGCUUCUUCUUCAGAUGGUUUGGUUUCGAGACGUGAACUUCGAAUAUUAAAGCCAGAAGACUUUGUUAGUGCUAAGGAAUUGGAAGCAAGGGGAGAGACUGCCAUAGUUGAGUAAAAUAAAGGGAAACUAUUGUUAAGGUGUUGAUUAUUCU